UGCGGUCUGAUUGCGCCAGAGCUGGCACACGAGCGCUCUUGUUUUUGUGGUGUAUGGAGAACUUCUGGCGGCGUGCUUUAGUAGAGCCGGUCUGCAUUGCGUCGAAACCCUCCAACUCCUCCUCCUCCUCCUGCUGCCCUCCCUCUCCGCUCCUCUCCCCUUCUCUCUUCCCCCUCGCCUCCCUCUGCACUCGCAUGUAAAAUGCACAGGAAAACAUGCUUGACAUUGUUGAGAAAACACUCGGACCUCGCUGCUCCACCUGACAGCCUCUCAGCUCUCCGUUUUCAUGUUUGUUUUUUCUCUCUUUAUAAUUGCGCUCUCCGCUUGAAGCACAUUCUGCCCGUCAUCGUGUCUAGUGGCAAAAAAGCGGCAGAUUUCUGCUGAUGCAGUGAUGUCUGGAAAUGUCAAGGGCUCGCUUAUUGCCCCUUAAUGUAUCUCCCCCCCGAACUGCAGCGCAAGAUUUUCUCCUGCGGUAUACUGUAAGCUCUUCGCACCACCGUGCCGCCGCGCAAGCAACUACCGACGCUGCAGCUUUGCAGUCUUCUCUUUUCGCUCCUUUCCCAGCUCAGGCUCUCCUCAUCACGCUCCUCUGAUUCUCAUUUUGUUUCUUUUCAUUUUUCUCCCGUUUCGCAUCCUGCUUGCUGACACAGUUUGGAUGGAGACGAGCACACUAGGCUGUGUUUCUUUUGUAGGUGCAAUGUAAAGUUGCCACAUGACACCCACUGGUGCCCUGCUGUUGGAUGAUUUUACUCGAGGAUAAGACGCAUUCAAGACCUUUCAAGAUCAACCCACGAAGCAGCAGCAACAACAGCUGCAGAUGUGCCGGAGAGCAGCAAUGGUCAAGUCAGCGAGAACCGCAGUGGAGCCGCACUGAGGCAGAGCAGCCAAGCAGCGCCUCGUAUCUGGGGACGUCUCCAGCUAUUUCAGGGGUUUGGGAAGCCGAGGAGUGGAAAUUUUCGUCCCCCUUCCCUCCAGUCCUGAAUGCCUGCUCAGUCAGACUAACCAACAUCCCGACUCAAGUCCUCCUCCUCCUCUUUCUCCAUCACCUCCUCCUCCUCCUCCCAAAAUGACUGUGGUAGCAGGAGACAACAUGGACGAGACCUCGGCCGUCCCGGGCCACCCUCAGGACACCUACCCACCAGACCACAACGACCACGAGUGCUGCGAGAGGGUGGUCAUCAACAUCGCCGGUCUGCGCUUCGAGACGCAGCUCAAAACUCUCUCCCAGUUUCCGGAGACGUUGCUGGGCAACCCCAAGAAGCGGAUGCGCUACUUCGACCCGCUCAGAAACGAGUACUUCUUCGACAGGAACCGGCCCAGCUUCGAUGCCAUCCUGUACUACUACCAGUCCGGGGGGCGCCUCAGAAGACCCGUCAAUGUCCCUUUGGAUAUGUUCUCAGAAGAGAUCAAGUUCUACGAGCUGGGAGUGGAGGCCAUGGAGAAGUUCCGAGAGGACGAGGGCUUCAUCAGGGAGGAGGAGCGGCCUCUACCCGAGAAGGAGUUCCAGCGGCAGAUCUGGCUUCUCUUCGAGCAUCCAGAGAGCUCAGGCACCGCCAGAGGGAUCGCCAUCGUGUCUGUGAUGGUGAUCCUCAUUUCCAUAGUCAUCUUUUGUUUAGAGACUUUGCCCCAGCUGAAAGAGGACCCGAUGGGUCGAAUGGUCAGAGUGGGGAACACCACCAUUUAUUACAAGCCAAAUAUCCUCACUGACCCCUUCUUUGUCAUUGAGACUCUCUGUAUCAUCUGGUUCUCCUUUGAGUUGAUAGUGCGCUUUCUGGCAUGCCCGAGCAAACCGGCCUUCUUCAAGAACAUGAUGAACAUGAUCGACAUAGUGGCCAUCAUCCCUUACUUCAUCACACUGGGCACCGAGCUGGCUGAAGAUCCGGAGAGCGAGGGGGUGGGGGAGCAGGCAACAUCUCUGGCCAUCCUCAGGGUGAUCCGUCUGGUCAGGGUGUUCAGGAUCUUCAAGCUGUCACGACACUCCAAAGGACUGCAGAUUUUGGGGCAGACCCUCAAAGCCAGCAUGCGAGAGCUGGGAUUGCUGAUCUUCUUUCUGUUCAUUGGGGUCAUCCUGUUCUCCAGCGCUGUCUACUUUGCCGAGGCAGAGGAGCAAGGAUCCUACUUUGGCAGCAUCCCAGACGCGUUUUGGUGGGCUGUUGUGUCCAUGACAACUGUGGGCUAUGGGGACAUGGUGCCGGUCACUAUAGGGGGCAAGAUUGUAGGAUCUCUGUGCGCUAUCGCUGGAGUGUUGACAAUUGCGCUCCCGGUGCCUGUCAUUGUGUCCAACUUCAACUACUUCUACCACCGGGAGACCGAGGGAGAAGAGCAGGCACAGCUGCUGAACGUCAGCAACCCCAACAUCCCCUCUGAAACCAACUCCAGCCGUCGUAGUUCAUCUACUGUCAGCAAGUCAGAGUACAUGGAGAUUGAUGGAGACAUAAACAAUAGCAUCGACAAUUUUAGGGAGGCAAACCUCAGAACUGGCAAUUGCACUAUAGCCAACCAAAACUGUGUAAAUAAAAGCAAGCUGCUUACAGAUGUUUAGACACUAGCUAGGAACUUUAGGAUCUCUACAGGACAGUCACAUGUGGAGUAGACCAUCAGUUAGGAAUGCUUCAUUUACCUCCCCAAAGCGCUCUAUGGCAUUAGGCCUACAACUACGCUCAGCUAUACAGAAAGGAAACAGAAAAACAAAGCUGUUAGAGUAUAUGACAGGUAGAUAGAAUAAUUAAUUCUUCUGAUCCUACCAAUAUAUAGUAAUAUCAAAAAGAAAACAUCGUUUAUUACACGUAUACGCGGCUCCCUCGAGGACGCACAGCACAGCCUGUCUGAUCAGACGACGGCGUGACCAUUCAAAUCUUAUGCAUGGAGUACAGAUUACAUUUCAGCAAGUUGCACAAUGCACCAGAAACGACUGCAGACAUGAAAGCAUCUGCAGCCGAGUGGUAAGCGCCAAGAAGUUAGGAGACCCUCCCCGUCCUCCCUUCUCCUCCCUCCUCUCUCUCCCCCACAAAGGAUCUACUACUCAGCAAAGCACCUUAUAGGAGGAAGACUGAUCUCUCUUGCUUGGAUGUAAACAGAUGGUGAUGUACUUGCUUCACGGACAUCUGCAAUGCUGCUGUUUUCUCAGCAUUUGCUGUAAUUGUGUUAUCACCAAGUGAUUCAAUGCCAUGCCCUUUAGAUGCAACACAGCACAAUGAUAAAGUGAGCUUCACACGAGCAUGAUUAGAGACUUUCCAUUUUGAUAUCGGCAUGCAUGAGACAUAUCUCACCUACUGGAAAGGAUGUUCUUUUGGAUAUCUGCCUCCAUUCCCCCCCUCUCAUCUGUUUUCAUACUGAGUGCACUGGAUGAGUUUUUAAUUUGAAGUGCUCAAAUUAAAAUCAUUUAGAAGUAUAGAAAUUGAAUGUUAAAUCUUAAGGGAACAGUACAUAAAUGAGAUCAUAGCAUGAAAAAAGUAACCUGCAUUAUGGUCUAUCGACUAAGGUACUUUUGUAUCCUGGUAUAUUUAAUGCAUGACGUGAGUAUUCAGCUUGUUGCAAUUCAGGCACUCUGCAGUGCCCUAUUGUCAGGGAAACUAAGGAAGUCAAAUUCUGGAUGUUUCUGAAUUGUGAUCAAAUAUAUCCAAACCCACCUUGAGGAUGCAGAGUUUCUAAUUUAAAAGUAGACAAAGAAACUGAAUAAAUAUUAUCAAAAAUGCAUAUAAUCAUAAUAAGCACCAAUUACAGUAUUAGUCAAUAGUGCAGUGCAUGGACCUUCUUUGAACAAGAAAAGUUAACAUAUUUUUAGUCAUGCUUCCAUCUCCACGUCUAAUUUUAGUGCAUAUUCAUUUGGAAUCCACCGGGAAGGAUCAAUACCAAAUUUCACGUCAUAUUUCGGAGGACUAUUCUGACAUUAGUUGCUAGUGCCUUUAUCCCUUUCACCAACAGGACCAGUGAAAGUGCCUCUGUGUACAGUGGUAUUUGUGUGGUUGAGCAGAGCUGCUUUACCUUCUGUCUUGGUGUUGAUACACAGUUGGUUAUGAUGCUAAAGAUGCCAGAUGAGCAAGUCUGAAACAGCAGGUGACUAUUGGUCAAAAAAGAAAAACAAAAAGAGAUGAUCCAUGCUGUCAUGCACAACCCAGUUUUCACGCUGUCACACACUUAAUUAAGCCCUUAAGCAGCAAUGUAUUGUACUCUGCAUGUUUACCAUUCCAAUUCAAAAAGGGAAUAUCCAUCGAGACUUUAGUUAUGCCUGUUGUUUUUCUUUGUGCACCGUGCAUCCUUUCAGGGUCUCUACCUCAGUGAGGUCAUUGCAAACUUGCUGCAGAGCUGCAAGCUUCAAUGCAGGGCUUCCUAUACCAUAAUGCAAAAUGGAACCUUAAGUGUAAACUGCAGUCAUGCAAUAUUGAAUGUGAGAGUCCCAAAGCAUAGCCUUUACAUAAGCACUUAGGACAAAUAGUUUACCACAAUCCUGCUCCUUUUUUCACUUAAAGCUACGCACAAUCAGGGCGUUCAUUUGUAGAGAGUUUGUGGAGAUUGCUUGACUCUCCCGACGGUAUGAGGUUGACUGUGUGAUGUGUUAGUUUCUUUGAAACAGUGCCACGUUGCGUCACUGUUGUGUCACAGGAAAACAGCUGAAUGUGUUUAAACACAUCUGUGUCGAAUACAGCGAAAAAAAAUUUAUCUAGUUUUUAAAUCUGUCAUACUGCAGUUCUUGGGCAGAGUGCAGCCCAUCUUUUUUGCACAAUCAUGUUAUUCUGUUGCUUGAGCUAUUUUUACUUUUUACUAGUGAGUUUGUUUUUCUGUUUCCCUGUGCUUGCUCAUAUGUCGUGCAUAGUUUCUCUGCAUAUUGUUCCAGACAGGCGAACUGCAGAUAGAUUGGGACACACUGAAAUGACUACUUGAAAAUCUCAGCUACUGUACAUCAGUCUACACUCAGUAUUGAGAUGAAUUCAUCCAAAUGACAGUAAGAUUUUGUAGUGUACGCUCAGUUUUUUUAGCGCUCUCCCGACAAGGUCCUGUUAAAAAAAAAAAAAAACAACAACAACAAAAAAACGCUCUACUGCAGUGCUACUUGAAUGUCAUAGUUGUUUCUGUUGGUGCAAUGGCUAUUCUCUGUGGUGCUAGUACAGGACUACCAUUGUUGUCUUGUUACCAUAACAUGUUAUCUGAAGCUGAAGCAAGCCUGCGUUAAUUGUUUUGGACAAGAUGAUCUUCCAUUCAGUGAUUUUUCUUACAUUAUUGGUGGCUGGUUGGUUAGUUUAGGGCACUGUUUGUCAUUUAAUUUUGGAACUGAUCUUUGUACUGUACUAAUGAAGAGUGUCUGCCUCAGGCAAGAUAAAUAUGUUAGAUGUCAGGAGUUCAAAAUAAAAUAUCGUUCAAUUUGUCUAGGCUUUCUGGUACAGAAGGGCACGAGUAAUACCCACUACCAUAUAUUAUAUUACGAUAUAUAGAAUGACAGAGAAAUUAUUGUAGUCUCCUAAAUGCAGCUAUCAGGAAGUUGUUUGCUUUGGUCACAAGUUUCUCGUAACACUGAUUCUUGACAGUAGUGAUGUGUGCAUGAAAUAGUCCGACGUGAGGUGAAGAAAAUACAAAUGAUGCCCCUCACUUUGGCAGCGCUGUCGCUACUCUUGCUGUGAGGCCAUGUAUGGAUGGUGCUACGCAUUCAGUUACCCAACAAAAACAUGCAUUCUUAACAGCAAUAGAAAAACAGAUAACCUGUUUCUUAGAUGCUUUUUGUAAAAAAAAGAAAAAAAAACGGAAAACAAAUCUAUUUUGAAUGUCAGAGAAACUGCGAUCACUUGACAGAUACAACAGGGCUGUUUAAAACUCCUUUGUUCUGGGACUUUUUAAGGUCAGCGGGGUCAGAUGUAGAGGAGGACAUUUUAUCGAGAGAAACCUGUGAAAAACCUAAAUAUAGGCUUUGUCGUAGUCCCCAUUUAGCACCCAGGUCGGACUGGAGUUGUUUUAUUGUCAGGAGCAAAGGCUGCAAAAGGGGUUCAGUCAGACCUACAACAGAGUAAAAAAGGAAGAGCCCAUAAUGCAUUUAGAGAGGAUCUAUCUUCAGUUCACUGGACUGAUCAGCUGUCAGAGAGAAAGUCAGAGAAGGUGCCUAAAUUGUUUUACAUAUUCAUUUGUUUUAGCUCACUGUCAGAUGUUACGCUUCUGCAAACAAACACGAGUAACAAGAUCUAAAAAAAAACAUGACAACAUGAAUCUAAUUAAGAAAAAAACACAAAAUGUCAUGAGAACAAAACGCUAUUUAGCUAGAAUAAGAUAGAGAAAAUUAACCACUAUAUAGUAGAAUUAUGGAAAACAAGUUUAAUGUGUGUUCUUAUUUUCCUUUGUUUCUGUUUUGCUGGUUUUUUGGUGGCGCUGUAACAUGACUGAUUUAGGAAGAACAUGCCUUAUACUGGAAUAUCGAAACAAUAUGUUCCUCCAGCAAGCCAUGAUAAUGAAACUACUGUAUUAUGAUCACUUGCUAUACACUAGAUGAUAUGGACAAGAAGUGUACUAUUAUAAAAAAAAAAAACAACAACACAUGGUUUGUCUUUUUUUGGUUUCAAGAAAAAGAAAUAUACAGGAUUCAUUCAAACGCCAUGUUCACGUUUUUUUCCCCAACUCUCUGCUGCUGAACCUUCUGCUAUAAUGUAUCUCUACAGAAACCUACUGAUUGCAAAAAACUGCAUGGUCGAUGGAAGACUGCAUGAGCUUUGCCUUUCAAACUGUGGAUCAACUAUAAUGCAGUUGCAUCAUUUAAAAAAAGAAACCCUUGCUUUCAUCCGCACCAAGGCUUCCUGUAAGGCCCUGUUCAGAAGUUGUCGUGAAACGUGUCCUCUGCUGGAUUUCUAAAAAGCACCUUAGCGCUGAGCUCAUCGCUGAGACGGCACCGGGUAUCCGAGCCGUACCCUCCGUCUGUGCGUGAUGUUCAGGUUGUGCUUGCUAGGCUCUGAAUGUGAGCAAGGACAUCAAGGGCUAGUUUCUUAGACUUUAUCUCUGCUCUAGGACUGAAACGCUCUUUCAAGUGACAUUUUGCCCAUUCCUAUCUCAGUCUAGACUCUAGUGAUGCUGUGUUGUGGGAAACAUGUCCAUCAUGUCUAAACAGGGCCUGUGCCGCACACCCUCCUCUGUACUUCACCGGUUUUAAGGCGUUCUCGUUUAUUAAAAGUGUGGAUAUCGGACUGCCUGCUGAGGAGGCACUGAACGGGACCCAAUGUUGGGAUGCUGUGUACCUCACUCGCCAAAAGGUGACAAUACAUGGGAAGUACUUGUUUGUAUUAGAAGUGUGAUGGCUAUGAGUUCAUCCUCUCUGUCAAGAAUGCACAUUUAAUUGCUGGUAGGGAAGCUGGGCCUUUUCGGAGCAAAAGCGCUAAAGGACUGUUGAACUCUCCUGCUCUUCUUUUCAUCCACACGCAAGCCAAACUCUGAUUGUGUUAUCUAAUCCAGCCGUCAUUGUCAUGUUGUGUUUACCAAGGAUUAUGCUACAAUGUGUUCAGUUUGUCGGAUGACGACAAAGGCAUGGUCUGUGAUCUAUGCAAGGGUUAUUUGUUUUUCUUUUUCUUAUAUCACUUAUGAUUUCAUCUUACAUUAACUUCAAUAAAUUUUUAAGGAUC